GCGGCACAAGAAAUGUCACAAUACUGUCAGAUAUUAAAGACUCGAAAAAUGCAUUUAAUUCUUUGUCUGGCAGCAAAAUUUAAUAAAAACAUUCGUGCCGAAUUGUUCAACAAAAAUAGUGUUAUGGAGUUAAAAUAUAUUUUGGUAUAAAUCUUUUGUACUUAUCGAAAUGGACAGUUUAAAUUUAAACCAUGAUUCUGGUUUGGAGACUGGAAGCACCUCCAUGAACAGCGUUAGAGAGCGUUCCAGUUGUGAAGCCUCCUGUGUCGAUUCUGCCGACACUUACAAUUUGACUGAGAUUGAAGAUGAAGAUACAUGUGAAUAUCUGCAAAGGAGACAGUCUGAUGUUCUCUUGUACAAUAACGAUGUAGAUGUAGAUGAUGAGGUGUACUCCAGACGUUAUGCUAAUAAAUGUGAUGAAUACUCAGGUCGGCCGAGUGGUACCAAGGCUACCAGUUCAGGAAAGUCGACACCUAGACAUAAACCUAUGGAGCUUGUUGUGUCCCACAGCAGUCAAACGUUAGUUUUGAAAUCAUCUAGUCGUGUCAUGUCUGAUGAACAUGAUACUUAUUCCCCGGAGGAGGAUCUUAGUUUUUUGCGGCAUGAGCACUCAGCUGAUAUGACGCCUGAUGAAUUCAUGAUGGAGGAUGUUAUGUACUUAACAGAUGACCAGAAUAAAAAGUAUGAUCAAAGUUUACAUUCAGUGAUAUCUAAGUCUUCAACUAAAGAAGAGAAGCAGAGACAGAACGAAGAGAUUGUUAAUGCUUGUUUUAUAGACGCCGCAUCUUUGGUUGAUGAUGUUGACGUUUGGCAAACAAAUUUUGAAGCUGGUACUUCAACAAUUAAACCGACAUCAUUAAACUUCAAUCACUCCAAUCCUAUUAAUAUUUUUAAGCCCGAUAAGUUUCAAAACGAGUUAUCAGUGUCGGAGUCUUUUGAAACUAAAACAAUAAAGAAAAAUAACACAAAGAUUCAAGUACCUCGGAAUCAAACAGUUAUUCAGAGCAUAAUGCCGACUCAACACAAUCUACAACUUCUGACACCAACAAUGAACUGGAAUCCACAAAAGCUAACACAACUUUUCACAUUAAACGAUUCAUCAAAUACUGAUGCAUCAGAUGAAGCACCUGUUGUAAUUGAUAAAAACUUUCUCACAGACAAUAUUGUUUUACCGGAUACACCACAUAAUUCGAUAAUCGAAGUUGACUGUAAGGAUUCACCAUAUAAAACCCAAAAGUACUCAGAAGCGUCACCUAUUAUUUCAGGUGGUGCCAGUGUUGAAGAUUUUGUUCCUAAGAUUCGUGCAAGUCCGUUGAUCAGAAAAAAAUUCGACGCUACUCCUAUUUUGUCAGGAGCAUCUGCUGCUUACGAAGUGCAAGAGAAGUUUGAAGAAAAACAAAGAAGAAAGCUGUCGACAAGUUGUGCUUGGAUUGUUGAUGUGAGUGACUGUUCCAGCACUUCUUCUUUGGAUUCGAGAUUGAAUCGUGAAACAUCCAGGCGCGACUCUACGUCUUCACAUAAAUCUUCUUUAGGAUUUUUCGUCGAUUUUAACGAUAAAAAAUCAAAUAGUGACAACUCCAGCGACGAAAGUAAAGGCAGAAGUUCUUUAGAGGAGAAAAGAUCCUUGGGUUAUUUUAUUGACUUGUCUCAUGAAGAACCGGCUAAACCAAAAACACCUCCAUCUGCCGACAAAUCUAUGUUUUCAAUGUUCAUAGAUUUUGGAGAAAAGUGUGUCAAAAGCAUCCCUGAUAGAUUGGCUAUGUCUUUACACCAGAGAGCACGAUCAAAAAGUAUUGCUGUUGAAGUCAAUGGAACAACCAAAUCUAAACAGGGAAUGGCUAGAAGUUUAGGUAGAGACAACACUAAUUCCUUGCCAAGACGGAAUGGUAAAAAGGAGAUUAUUAAAACUCCUGAACACUCACAAAAGUCAACAGGUGAAGCAAGUGGAAUAAAAAUGGGACAACAACGUUUCUUAGUCUACGUAAUUUGGAUGAUAAGAAAGUUACUAGUUUUCUGGAUAGCAGUGCACAGGAUGGCAAGUUACGUCACCGUCGUUGAAAAACAAAAACCAGUUGACCAAGACAAUGUUCCAAUUGUCAAACAACUUGAAGACACUUUACCAAACAUGGACAUCAAUGAAUCAACUAAGCGGCAUUCCUGGAACCUUCCUGAAGCACCAAAACCGCCACAAAGAUUUCACAAACGUGCCCAAAGCGUUUCAGAAAACAGUCUUCCACAAACUUUAAUAAAAUCAAAAGUUGGCUCCACUUAUUCAAUUGAAUCAAACUUGAGCGACUUUUCUGGACGUUCUGGUUUGAGUUCAGGAUCAAGCAGCGGCUACGCUAGAAUGAGCGAUGUUAAUAAAAAACAUAAAAAGGAUUGUAAGAUAAAUGAAACGUUUGAUAAAAGUAGUCCAGGAUCGCAGACUGAAGGUGUGUUGACUGACACUGAUGAAGAUUUGACUUACCAGAACGAGCAGAAUCCUGAUACGGUUGAUGGAAAAGUUGUGGAUGAUACAAAAUGUGUGAAGCUGCAGUUUGAUGAAUACUUGAAAAGGAGCAAGGAUAAAGUCAAAACUCCUCAAGGUGUUAAAAUAGGCUACACUUCAAAUUUACCAGAGGAUGAGUCUCCUAACAACAAAGUCAUCAACAACGUUGCCCAUACUAUGGAAACCUUACAAGCCAAGAUAGAAAAACAAAAACAGCUACUAGCGACUGUUUCAGAAAACACAGAGAUGAAUACGGUGAUGACGGAUUCUGGUAAAUUUGUCAGGUUGUCGGAUUUGGAUAAGCCUUUGCCAAAAGUGGAUCUGGUUAAUGAUAAACUGAUGUCGAGUUCCACAGGUUCGAAUAGGGUUUAUAAAUUGUUUGCUAAUAAUUAUGAGAACAAGUAUUUUAUGUCGAGGUCUAUUGGGAAUCACACUAAUUUGAUCACGUCUGAAGAAAAUUCUAGAAGUCUCAGCAGGCUGUUUCCUCAUUUGAGCAAAGGUUUCAGUAGUAGUUUACCGAAUGGUGUCAAUGUCAACAUGCACUUCAAUCGUAGUCCUCUGGAACUCGAUGACUUCACAUCGGACAUCAGUGUUGGUUCCAGUUUGAGUUCCAGCAUGGGAAAGUCAGGAAUGGAUCUGAGUGCAGAAGACAGUUUGUCCAGGCAGCCACGUCGCCUAGGUGAAGACUUACUGAGAAUGUUUUUGGAAGAAAUAAGUCCAGACGUUUCAAUAGAUGUAUCGGGACGUGUUCUCCGAGCUCACAAAUGCAUUUUGAGAUCACGAUGCCAAUAUUUUGCUGCCACCCUUGCUGGCAAUGAAGUUGAGACCAGGGGAAAUGUUAUUGUCAUGGAUGGUUAUACUUAUGGAGCUGUGCAUUUUGCUUUGUGCCAUAUUUAUUCUGGUGCUACGAGACCACCUGAGGGUAUCAGUUUGCAGGAGCUGGCUUCUCUAGCUGAUCUUUUGGGUCUGGAAGGUUUAAAGGAAGUUACAUCACAUGCAUUGAAGUCGACUUAUUGUCAUAUGUUCCACAAACCCUGCGAUGAGUGCAUAGCAGGAGUGUGCAUGGUGCUGCCUCUUGCGGCUGGUCACGGCCUAGACGAACUGCACGCGCGUUGCGUCCGAUGGCUCUGCAGGCACUUCCUGAGGGUGUGGCCCACCAGGCCUUUCGCCACACUGUCCACGGACUUGAUGGAAAGGGCCAGGAGACACAUCAUUGCACAUCUGAGUCCUGAAAACGUCUUGGGUACAGUUCUGGAUUGUGAAUGCUUGCUAAGCGAACUACCAGAAACACGAUGGGCUACUCGAGUUGAAGCACUUACUUUGUCAUUGUUGGAACAUGCUCAUAUGUUUGUUGCUGAUAAAUUCCCUGCUAUACUAACUGCUAACAGUUUCUUGUCCCUGGGUGGACUGAUGUGGAGAAACGUAUCUCGUCUACGGACAACUUUAAAUGAAGCAGCUUGUACAUUGGCACCAGAACAAGCUUGUAGAAGUUACCAACGUCUGGCCAGGUUGGGAACAUUAGUCAGGUGCGGAUUGAGCACUUCUGGAUUGUCUAAAAUGACACCUGAUAAACAUAACAACCAGAUUGGAGAGAAGAUUUUUGAGAUCAACCAGAGUGUGAAUGAUGGGUCGGGGGAUAUGGAUACUUCUUGGCAUCCAGAGUUUGUCAGUCUAGUAGAAGAGUUGACUUCCUCGGUGGAGCGAUGUUUGGCAAAGCAAGGUUCGAGAGCCACAAGAGCCAUUUCUUGGUCGAGACUUGAACCGAAGUUGAGGAGACGAAUUCAGGAACUGAUGACUGCCAAUGGAAACAGUCAUAAUUUUGGAAAUAGUAACAAUGAUUUGAGGAUGGCAGUCGACAAUAGGAAUAGGACGCCGAGAAGUGCAAGGAGUACAAGUUCGACCCGUAGCCAAGACUUAAAACAAAUUCGUCAAGUGAUCCACGCGAAUGCGACACGAGCUUUGUCCCAAGACAACAAUCGGCAACUGUAUGAUAAUAAUCGAGAUGUUGUCCAUAAUGCUUCAUCGAACAAUAAACAAAAUAUCACUAAAAUUCAAAACAACAUUACCACAAAGACUGCGACUCAGAAUAAGAGUUUACCAGUUCCGCAAAAGUUUGAUAAAAAUCAGGGAAUUAGGAAUUUGAAGAAUCAAGCUGGAAGUAUUAGUAAAAGUUCAUCCAAUAAGAGUAUACCAAUAGAAAACUCUAAAUUGAAGGCUAAAGGUUCGGUUAAACCCGCAGACACGGCUAAACCUGCAAGCAACAGACAAAGAUCACAAUCUGAAGUAAUUGUUAAAACAACGAAGUCUUAUGAACUAAAAGCUUUAUCAGCUCGUGUCGCCCAUGCUAAGCCGAGGUACUUAGAACCGCGAAAGCGGGAUUUGGAGCAGCAAGCACCGAUCAAAAAGAACCAAAACAUGAAGAACAAAUUGCUGUCUUCAAGCGACAUCAGUCGCACUCCAAGUCCCAAAGGUCGUGUUGUCAAAAAAGGUGAGUCAAGUAACAUGUCCUUAGACAGUCUGGCAUCAUCGCAAAGACUGAAAACAAUGUCCACAGACUCUUUAACACCAACAAUGGAUGAAGGCGACAACCGAUUAAGUUGUGCAAAACAAAACCAAAAUUCGGCGAUAAGAAAACUAAUAAAAACAUCACGUCCUACAAAGCGACUAACAAAAUACCUGUCAAGACAAAUUUUAAAGUUAGCAGGACUUUAA